UGGAACAUAUUUAUUAAUCAUCUAAACUAAAGUGACAUUUAUGGUGCAUUUAAGAGCUGUCACGUUGUGCACUGGAACAUGGUGAGGUAAAUCAUUAACUGAAAUAGAAAAGAGAAUACAGAAUGAAAAAAAACAUUAUAUAUCCUGUUAACCAAGCGAAGAUUGAAUUUGAAGCUUUAAAAAAAUCCUUUUGAGCCACACAGUCUGAUAAACUAUAGAAAAUCCACUGAUGACUGCUGCUUUCUCCUGGCAAAAUCGGAUUUUUGUGUCCCACUAAUCCCUUGUCACAAUCUGCAUCCAGCAGGCUUCUCUCUCUCUCUCUCUCUCUCUCUCUCACACACACACACACACACACACACGCACACACUCUUCUGUCACUCGCUCUUUCAAUAGUUCCAUCCAUUCUGUCAGGCCAGGCCAUCCGCAUUUAGGAUAUACUCUUUCACGGCUUGCAGAGAGAAAGUGAGGAAACAACAAGGUGGUAAAAACAGAGCAAUAGCAUAAAAUCUAGUCUAGAUCAGAAGGGACAGAUCAAGUGGAUCAAAUGAAGAGGACGACAAGCUGUUGAGUCUUGGAAGUCAAGGAAAAGUUUGAACGUCGUGAGGGCCCUGGGGGCAAAGAUGUCCUCGUCAUGAGGGGCUCGUUGCAUUCCCUUUGUCUGGCUUGCCCCUUUAUUUCAAUGACCGGGAAGAAAGCACAACUGGCAGUGCCCCAUUUCAUAUAUUCCACCUUGGAUGUGCCCUGUGGGGUGGGACUCUUUUGAGAGGUACAAACAUGCGACUGUGGUGGAUUUUACUUCUAAGCUUUUGGAGUGUUUAUGGAGAACUCCCAUUCAUAGCAGAGAACAACGCUGCCAUGCAGGUCAACUGGAAUGCAGUGGAUGGGAAUAAAAAGCUGUUUGCAAUCUAUGACACAAGCGCCAAUGAACCAGGAAACAUGUCUUUUGUCAAAGAGACCGUGGACAAGCUUUUGAAAGGCUAUGACAUCCGUCUUCGACCAGACUUUGGAGGUGCACCAGUCGCAGUUGGCAUGAGCAUCGAUGUGGCAAGCAUAGACAUGGUGUCUGAGGUCAACAUGGACUACACACUGACCAUGUAUUUCCAGCAGUACUGGAGGGACAAGCGGCUCGCAUAUUCUGGGAUCCCUCUCAAUCUCACUCUUGACAACCGGGUAGCCGACCAGCUUUGGGUUCCUGACACCUAUUUCCUAAAUGACAAGAAGUCUUUUGUCCAUGGUGUCACAGUGAAAAACCGCAUGAUCCGUCUGCACCCGGAUGGCACAGUUCUUUAUGGAUUAAGAAUCACCACCACUGCCGCUUGCAUGAUGGAUCUGAGAAGGUAUCCAUUAGAUGAGCAGAACUGCACUCUGGAGAUAGAGAGUUAUGGAUACACAACAGAUGACAUCGAGUUUUACUGGAAGGGAGGAGAAAAUGCAGUGACUGGUGUGUCGCGUAUCGAGCUCCCACAGUUCUCCAUCGUGGACUACAAACUUGUAUCCAGAAAUGUUGUCUUUUCCACAGGUGCCUAUCCGCGACUGUCUUUGAGCUUCAAGCUAAAAAGAAACAUCGGCUACUUCAUCCUGCAGACCUACAUGCCCUCAAUCCUGAUCACCAUCCUGUCCUGGGUCUCCUUCUGGAUCAACUAUGAUGCCUCAGCAGCCAGAGUGGCAUUAGGUAUUACCACUGUGCUGACUAUGACCACCAUCAACACCCACCUGAGAGAAACACUUCCCAAGAUCCCCUAUGUCAAAGCCAUAGACAUGUAUUUGAUGGGCUGCUUCGUCUUUGUGUUCUUGGCACUGCUGGAAUAUGCUUUUGUCAACUACAUUUUCUUUGGACGAGGGCCUCAGAUGCAGAAAAAGUUGGCUGAGAAAGCUGAGAAAGCCAAUAACGACCGCAACAAGUACGACGGCAACAAGUCUGUUCAGGAGGGAGGCAACUGCAAGCCAUCAUCUGUUAAACAGUCCAAUCAGGUACAAGGCCACCGUCACUCGCGAGGGGUGGAUUCCCAGGGAAAUAUCCUUCUGACCACUCUGGAGAUCCACAAUGAGGUGGCCGGGAACGAGAUCACCACCAGCGUCAGCGAGGCUCAUAACUCCACUUCAAUGGUGUUCGAUAACUCAGGGAUCCAGUAUCGUAAACAGAGCGCAGCACGGCCAGAGGGCCGCCACAGCAUGGACAGGAACACACAGUCCAAGAAACCGCGGCUACGCAGACGUUCCUCCCAGCUCAAAAUCAAAAUCCCUGACCUCACAGACGUGAACGCCAUCGAUCGAUGGUCACGGAUAAUAUUUCCCUCAGCUUUCUCUCUUUUCAACUUGAUCUACUGGCUGUAUUACGUGAAUUAGGCCUGAGAUGUCAAUGGGUUUUUUUUGCCCCUUCACAAUUUUUUCAUGUUGCCAAGUGGAAAAUAGAGACUUUUUGUUUCGCUCUGAUGACUUUUAAGGGACGUACUUGCGCGCUAUAUAUAUAUAUUGAGGUUUUUCUAAAAUUUAACCUUUGCAAUGUUGUGAAGGCUUCAGAAGGAAUGCUACACACACCAAAACCCAUUCUUAUAUACAGUACAUAUGUACUCAAACAUACCCAUUCACACAUGCACAAAAUCAGUUUUCUGAAAACCAUCUCUGUACAUACAUGUUGCAAUUUUUUGAAGCCACAGGACUUCCGCAUGCUGCACUCAGAACUGUUUUUAAUUUGUACAUGUUGCUGUGUUACUCUUGAUUGAAAGAUGCUACGGUAAUUGCAAAUGUUUCAUGCCAAUAAAGCGCAGGAGAUUAAUAUUGAUAGAAGAUUAUAUAGAUGUGAAAAUGCAAUAUAACAAGGGUUGUAGGUCAAAUCAUGUCUUCAGUUUCAAAGCUUGCUACAUAAACAUCAGCUGCACUAAACGUUGCUGUUAUGAUCUUAUUUAGACAAAGUUUGUAUAUAAUCAUGUUAUGAUAUGCUUUUGGAACAUGAUUUCCAUCCGCCUUGGGUUGAUAUGAUUAUACACCACUUUUUGCAAUCAUGUAAAGUGCUUCAGUACAUGUAAGAUAAGAUAAUAAUUGUACACUUAUCUCAUUCCAAGGAUAUCAAAAGGAAGAAAAAGAACAAAUGUGAAGUAUUUAAAUCAGGGCCUGCAAAGGAUUUCCACGAUGCCAUUCUGAACAUCAAGCAUAAGUAGACAAACAAUCCUGAGAUUGUGUUUUGCAUUUUGUUAGUAGAUGUGUAGCAUAACUGUAUGAUUUUCAAGUGAGAGGUUUGGGUGUUUUAUUCCCCUCCAUUUUUUAAAAGAAUGCCUGAGUCAUUUCAAAUAUCAUUGUGGGCCUUAUGUAAACAUCGUAUGGCCCAUGCAUAACACAUCCUUUCAUUUCCUUCCCUUCCAGUGAGGGUUAUUUUCGUCAAAGGUAAAUGGAAAAUCUCGUAAUGCAUUCGAGGGAAUUCUACUUUGGCAUCAAAACAAAACUUGUCUCAGGUUCUCGUCCAAUAUGAAAAUGACCCAAUUUUUUUCUGAUGGUCAGUAUUCACAUCAUAUGUAUUGUGAUUAAUUUGUAUUAUAUCCUUGUGUACAGCAACAAUGAUUACAUAGAUUUAGACAGCAUGAUAUUGUUUGCAUUUAGAGAUUCUACACAGAUAAAUGAUUUUGUUUUGGGAGAUUUCUUUACUACCGGUCAUAUGCACUUACUCUGUUUCAGGGGCUGAAAACUGCUUUCUGGUUGAGAGUAAUGUUGUAUACUCAUGCUUGCAAAUCAUCAAAAUAUAAUUAUAAAUCUCUUCAAAAUAUCCUGUGUGUGCUGUUAAUGUCAUUUUAACAGGUUGCUUUGCAGUAGCAUUGUGUCAGUAGAUGCUCAUUAAU